AUGAGCGAUAUUGCUGAAUAUUAUGGUGGAUCAAUUUUAGCAAUGAUAGGAAAGUCUUCUGUGUCUAUUGUAACAGACAAAAGGCUAGGAGCAGGUCCUAUAUCUGUCGGUAAAAACUUUACUAAAGUGUAUACAUUAAAUAACAGAUUAUUUUUUGGUUUUACUGGAUUGGUCUCAGAUGCUGAAAUUUUAUAUAAAAAAAUUCGGAAGAACUACAAUUUAUUUGUACAAGAUAACAAGCGAGACAUGGAGCCUUCUGAAUUAAGUAAUUUAAUUUCUUUUAUAUUAUAUCAGAAAAGGCUACAGCCUUAUUACGUUUCGACAAUAGUUUGCGGAAUUACUUCUGACAACAAACCAUAUGCUUCUAGUAUGGAUUGUAUAGGAGCAAUGAAAGAAACUGAUGAAUUUGCAACAGUCGGUACUGCUAGUAACAAUUUAAUGGGGUUAUCUGAAGCAUUAUUUUACGCUGAUAUGGAAGAUGAAGAUCUUUUUACAACAUCAGUACAAGUUUUUCUGAAUUCAUCUGACAGGGAUACUUUUGGGGGAAUGGGAUUUGAGUGUUUUUUAAUUAAUCACGAAGGCUAUAAAAAGAGAGAAUUUGUAGGAAGAUGCGAUUAA